AGGCCCCAGUUCGCUCCGCUCCCGCUUCCACCCGGCGCUGCCUGGGCGGAGGCGGAGUUGGAGGCGGCGGCGGAGGCCCGGGCUGGCCGCCCUACUAGUGUCCCGGCUCGGCCCCGGACGGCCCGACUACUGUGCGGACAGGAGGCCGAGUCGGUAGUGAAAAGAGAAUACUGAAGAAUAGGAUCUCAAGAUGAGUAAAAAGCCCCCAAAUCGUCCUGGAAUCACUUUUGAGAUUGGUGCUCGUUUGGAGGCACUGGACUACUUACAAAAAUGGUAUCCAUCACGAAUUGAAAAAAUUGACUACGAGGAGGGCAAGAUGUUGGUCCAUUUUGAGCGCUGGAGUCACCGUUACGACGAGUGGAUUGGCUGGGACAGCGACAGGUUGCGAGCCCUGGAGAGGCCUGCACUGAGAAGGGAGGGCCUGAGGGAUGGGCAGGAUCUCUUUGAUUUUAAAGCUGGAGAAGAAGUUCUGGCUCGGUGGACAGACUGUCGCUAUUACCCUGCCAAGAUCGAAGCGAUUAACAAAGAAGGAACAUUCACAGUUCAGUUUUAUGAUGGAGUAAUUCGUUGUUUAAAAAGAAUGCACAUUAAAGCCAUGCCCGAGGAUGCUAAGGGGCAGGUGAGACCCCAGCACCCACUAAGCUGGUGUUGUCCUAUCGACCCAGCUGGAUCGUGUAACCAGUCUAUGGGAAGUGAGGAUUGGAUAGCAUUAGUCAAAGCAGCUGCUGCAGCUGCAGCCAAGAACAAAACGGGGAGCAAACCUCGGACCAGUGCUAACAGCAAUAAAGAGAAAGAGAAAGAUGAGAGGAAAUGGUUUAAAGUACCUUCCAAGAAGGAAGAAACUUCAGCUUCUGUAGCCACACCAGAAGUUGAGAAGAAAGAAGAUCUGCCCACGUCUAGUGAUACAUUUGGACUUCAUGUAGAGAACGUUCCAAAGAUGGUCUUUCCACAGCCGGAGAGUGCAUUGUCCAACAAGAGGAAAAAUAACCAAGGCAACUCAUUUCAGGCAAAGAGAGCUCGGCUUAACAAGAUCACCGGUUUGUUGGCAUCCAAAGCUGUUGGGGUGGAUGGUGCUGAAAAAAAGGAAGACUACAAUGAAACAGCUCCAAUGCUGGAGCAGGCGAUUUCACCUAAACCUCAAAGUCAGAAAAAAAAUGAAGCUGACAUUAGCAGUUCUGCCAACACUCAGAAACCUGCACUGUUAUCCUCAACUUUGUCUUCAGGGAAGGCUCGCAGCAAGAAAUGCAAACAUGAAUCUGGAGAUUCUUCUGGGUGUAUAAAGCCCCCUAAAUCACCACUUCCCCCAGAAUUAAUACAAGUCGAGGAUUUGACGCUUGUAUCUCAGCUUUCUUCUUCAGUGAUAAAUAAAACUAGUCCUCCACAGCCUGUGAACCCCCCUAGACCUUUCAAGCAUAGCGAGCGGAGAAGAAGAUCUCAGCGCUUAGCCACCUUGCCCAUGCCUGAUGGUUCUGUAGAAAAGGGUUCUCCCUCUCCAGCCACUGAUGGGAAAAUAUUCUCCAUCAGUUCUCAGAAUCAGCAAGAGACUUCAGUACCAGAGGUGCCUGAUGUUGCACAUUUGUCACUUGAGAAGCUGGGACCCUGUCUCCCUCUUGACUUAAGUCGUGGUUUGGAAGUACCACUAGCCUCAGAUCCCUCUUACCAUAAUGAGUGUCCCAGGGCAGAAAAGGAAGAUACACAGAUGCUUACAAAUCCUUCCAAAGCAAUGCCUGAGGGAAGAGGAGCUCCAACAGUGUCAGGAAUAUCGAAAACAGAAAAAAAAGUGAAAUUGGAAGAAAAAAGCUCAACAGCAUUUGGCAAAAGGAAAGAAAAGGAUAGAGAGAGAAAAGAGAAGAGAGACAAAGAUCACUACAAACCAAAACAGAAGAAGAAGAAGAAAAAGAAAAAGAAAUCCAAGCAGCAUGACUAUUCAGACUAUGAAGACAGUUCCCUAGAAUUUUUGGAAAGGUGCUGUUCUCCACUAACUCGAUCUUCGGGUUCUUCUCUGGCUCUGCGAAGCAUGUUUAUGGAGAAAAAUACAACAUAUCAGUACCCAAGGGCAAUUCUGUCUGUUGAUCUCAGCGGUGAAAACUUGACAGAUGUGGAAUUCCUGGAUGACUCUUCAACAGAGAGUUUGCUUCUGAGUGGGGAUGAAUACAAUCAGGACUUCGACUCUACCAAUUUUGAGGAAUCUCAGGAUGAAGAUGAUGCUCUUAAUGAAAUUGUGCGAUGCAUUUGUGAAAUGGAUGAGGAGAACGGCUUCAUGAUCCAGUGUGACGAGUGCCUGUGCUGGCAGCACAGCGUGUGCCUGGGGCUGCUGGAGGAGAGCGUCCCGGAGCAGUACACCUGCUACGUCUGCCGAGACCCUCCGGGUCAGAGGUGGAGUGCAAAGUACCGUUAUGACAAGGACUGGUUGAAUAACGGGAGAAUGUGCGGGUUAUCGUUUGUAAAAGAAAACUAUUCUCAUCUUAAUGCCAAAAAGAUAGUGUCCACACACCACCUUCUUGCCGACGUGUACGGAGUCACGGAAGUCCUGCACGGCCUGCAGCUGAAGAUCGGCAUCCUCAAGAAUAAGCACCAUCCUGACCUUCAUCUCUGGGCCUGUUCUGGGAAGCGAAAAGACCAAGAGCAAGUCAUUGCUGGGGCAGAGAGGAAAACAGCGGCGCAAGACACGGGUAACCUUGAGGACAGGAAAUACCACGUGCAGAACCAUAAGGAACCCCCACGUGUGCCCCUAAAGAUGGAAGGAACCUAUAUCACAAGUGAGCACAGCUACCAGAAGCCGCAGAGUUUUGGACAAGAUUGCAAAGCUCUUGCAGACCCCGGGAGCUCAGAUGAUGAUGGUAGUAGUUUUGAAGAAGAACACGAGUUCCACAGGAGAGAGAAGAGCGGUGGCCAGUACUCGGUGAAAGAGGAUGGGAUGCCUGCAAAGAAUGCAGCUGAAAAGAGCCCGGUGUUUGUCUGUAAUGACAGAAAGGGCACCGAAGACCCCGGCGACGCACACCUGCAGUGGCAGCUGAACCUCCUGACGCACAUCGAGAACGUGCAGAACGAGGUCUCCAGCAGGAUGGACCUCAUCGAGAAGGAAGUGGAUGUUCUGGAAAGCUGGCUGGACUUCACAGGGGAGCUGGAGCCACCGGACCCUCUCACGAGACUGCCCCAGCUCAGACGCCACGUCAAGCAGCUUCUAAUGGACAUGGGCAAAGUGCAGCAGAUCGCGACCCUGUGCUCGGUAUGACAGCAGCGAGCACGUGCGGAAGGUUCUCACACCACGAUACUGCCGGGCGGGCAUCGCAGAGCGGAGUGCUGUCUGGUCGUGUGUUGAUUUGUGACGUCAGGAGGAUGGCACCUUAUAAAGGAAACGAAGAACAGCGAUCAAGGAAGCUACCAUGAAGACAUUUACGGCCAGCUGCGAAUGGUAGUGUGUUCGAUCCAAGGAUCAGUGACAGCAGAGCACAAUCUGUGCUGAGGGAGCUGAACUGGCAGGAUGGUUGAGAGAAAUAUGCUGUAUUUAUAUUGUUUUAGUAAGAAGACCCUCGUUUAUAAACCAGCAUUUGGCCAAAACCAAAAUAGUAGAGGAAACCUACAUCCUGUAAGGCGCCCUAAGGACUGUCCCCUGCAGUCGAUCAGCUGCGUGGAGGUCAAGGGUUUGAACUCAUAGGGCUGUGAGCUGUUUCUUAGGUGACGAAUGUGCACUGGAAACUGACAGUGGCAUUCUCACUUCUGGGGGGAGCAGCUGUGGAAUCUUACUCCACUCUGAUGUGUUCUAAAAACACCACCAAAUGAUUGGAAUUUAUUGCGGGCAUUAAGCUCAUUGACAACAAAUGGGUUGCAGAAGGUCAGUGCCAAAUGAGGACGAUGCGGCCGGAAAGAACCUCAGGUACCGUGGGAGUUCCCAUCGUACAUAUGCCAUCGGUCCUUCAGACACGUGUGUCGCAUGUUCCAUGUGAUAGAUGGUGACUGCAGCAUGCCGCGUCCGUGCACGUGGGACCUGCGCGUGCUGGUGUUUGCCUUCAGGACAGCGGCAGCAGACCCCGAGCUGGGACGAUGAGGGACAGCGGGCACGGCCGUCUGUGGCCGCGUGUUUUUAACUGCUGGUAGUGGAAUACUGGAAACGCUUCAUUUCCGAAGAUGCAUUUUAUUUUUAGACAAUACAUGCACUCAGAACUUGUAGCUUGGAUCACAAGUGGACACAUUUCUGAAACCAAAGGCAACUAAGUUGCUGUGUCAGCUCUUGCUGGAGUCCAAGCCCAAUCCUCCGUCCGCAGUGCUCAGCUGUGUGCCCGGCGCCGCGGGCGGACAUGGGGACGCUCGUUUGAGACAAACACACGACGUGCGUAUGUGCAUAGCCCACACGUAUUUAUAUCUACACACACCUAGUUUUAUUACUAUAGACUGUAAGAGUUGGUGGUUAACAUGAAAUGUUACCUUUUAAAGACUGUUUUUAAAAAUUAAAAAUGUAUGUACAGGUUUUGAAACUUUUAAAAAGGGGGAAAAGGACUGGUGAGAGGAGCUGUUUGAUGACAUAACACUUGAAUAUUUUGUCUCGUUCUGUGUGUCAGUUCUAGCAAUCUGUAUAAAUGCAUUCAGAACUGACAGACAGGAAACUUGAAUUUAUCUUUGAUAAGAAUUCAUGCCACUGUACAUUCAGAUAUUAUUUAAAUUUGCAAACACUGUUCUAUAUGUAAGGUACUGUAUGUAAAACUUUAUUAAAACUA